CUAUAAAUAUACAGGGAGUCAAAAGAUUACCGUAAACUUAUUCGCCUCCACGUGAAUUUUAUAAGUUCUUUACCUCGUGGUGAUCAACAGAAGCGUUUCACAAAUAUGGCCAAGACCAAAGUUGUAUCCGCCACAGAAAAAUCUGUCAAGGUUAAGAAAUCUAAGACGCCACUUAAAGAACCUUUAGAUGAAGAAACUACUCAAAAUGAAGUGCAAGUUAAAAAAGGGAAAACACAAAAAGUAAAGGAAGUUGUUAAAAAAGCACCUGCCAAAAAAGAAUCCAGUUCUGAAGAAUCAAGCGAUGAAGAAGAAGUUACAACUAAAACCGCUCCAUUAAAGAAUGGUGCUGUUAAAAAAGCUCCUGCUCAUAAAGAUUCAACUUCUGACGAGUCUAGUGAAGAAGAAGCAGGCAAGUCUCAAAUGAAAAAAAAACCUACUAAGAAAGCUAAAAAAGAAUCAAGUUCUGAGGAUUCUUCUGAGGAAGAAAAAUCUCUAGCAAACAAAACAGUUCCAGUUAAAACGCCUGCUAAAACACCUACUAAAAAAGAGUCUAGUUCUGAAGAUUCCAGUGAUAAUGAAGAACCUCCUGCUAAUAAAGCUGUUCCAAAGAAGACGCCUUCUAAAACACCAGUUAAAAAAGAAUCUAGCUCUGAAGAAUCCAGUGAUGAGGAAGUAUCUCCAUCAAAAAAGCCUGUUGUUGUAAAGAUUUUAACUAAGAAAGAAUCUAGUUCUGAUGAGUCAAGUGAUGAUGUUGCUAAAAAACCUGCAACAAAAAAAGAUCUUGUAAAAACGCCUGCUAAAACACCUGCUAAAACACCUGCUAAAAAAGAGUCAAGUUCUGAAGACUCAAGCGAUGAAGAAGACACUAAAAAGCCUGUUGCAAAAACUGUUGUUCCUGUUAAGACACCUGCCAAGACACCUGCUAAAAAAGAGUCAAGUUCUGAUGAAUCAAGUUCUGAUGAGUCGAGCGAUGAAGAUGCUAAAAAGCCUGCAGCAAAAAAAGAUCUUGUAAAAACCCCUGCUAAAACACCUGCCAAAAAAGAGUCAAGUUCUGAAGACUCUAGUGAUGAAGAAGAUACUAAAAAGCCUGUUGCAAAAACUGUUGUUUCUGUUAAAACACCUGCCAAGACACCAGCUAAAAAAGAGUCAAGUUCUGAUGAGUCAAGUGAUGAAGAUGCUAAAAAGCCUGCAGGGAAAAAAAAUCCUACAAAAACGCCUGCUAAAACACCUGCCAAAAAGGAGUCAAGUUCUGAAGACUCAAGUGAUGAAGAAGAUACUAAAAAGCCUGUUGCAAAAACUGUUGUUUCUGUUAAGACACCUGCCAAGACACCGGCUAAAAAAGAGUCAAGUUCUGAUGAGUCAAGUGAUGAAGAUGCUAAAAAGACUGCAGCAAAAAAAGAUCUUGUAAAAACGCCUGCUAAAACUCCUGCUAAAAAAGAGUCAAGUUCAGAAGACUCAAGUGAUGAAGAAGAUACUAAAAAGCCUGUUGCAAAAACUGUUGUUUCUGUUAAGACACCUGCCAAGACACCAUCCAAGACACCAGCUAAAAAAGAAUCGAGUUCUGAUGAGUCAAGUGAUGAAGAUGCUAAAAAGCCUGCUUCAAAAAAAGAUCUUGUAAAAACCCCUGCGAAAACCCCUGCUAAAAAAGAGUCAAGUUCAGAAGACUCAAGUGAUGAAGAAGAUACUAAAAAGCCUGUUGCAAAAACUGUUGUUUCUGUUAAGACACCUGCCAAGACACCGGCUAAAAAAGAGUCAAGUUCUGAUGAGUCAAGUGAUGAAGAUGCUAAAAAGACUGCAGCAAAAAAAGAUCUUGUAAAAACGCCUGCUAAAACCCCUGCUAAAAAAGAAUCAAGUUCAGAAGACUCAAGUGAUGAAGAAGAUACUAAAAAGCCUGUUGCAAAAACUGUUGUUUCUGUUAAGACACCUGCCAAGACACCGGCUAAAAAAGAGUCAAGUUCUGAUGAGUCAAGUGAUGAAGAUGCUAAAAAGCCUGCAGCAAAAAAAGAUCUUAUAAAAACGCCUGCUAAAACUCCUGCUAAAAAAGAGUCAAGUUCAGAAGACUCAAGUGAUGAAGAAGAUACUAAAAAGCCUGUUGCAAAACCUGUUGUUUUGGUUAAGACACCUGUCAAGACACUAGCUAAAAAAGAGUCGAGUUCUGAUGAGUCAAGUGAUAAUAAAGCUAAAAAACCAGCUGCAAAAAAAGAUCUUGUAAAAACGCCUGCUAAAACAUCUGCUAAAAAAGAAUCAAGUUCUGAAGAUUCAAGUGAUGAAGAAGAUACUAAAAAGCCAGUUGCAAAUAAUAUUAAUUCUGUAAAAACACAAGCUAAGAAAGAGUCAAGUUCUGAAGAGUCUAGUGAUGAUGAACCCCCAACAAAGAAAGCUGCACCAGUAAAGGUUGCUACAAAAACACCUGCUAAAAAAGAAAACACAAAGAAAUCUGUGGCUGUAAAGACCCCUGCUAAAACACCUGCUAAACCAGCUAAAAAAGAAUCUAGUUCUGAGGAUUCAAGUGAUAAUGAUGAACCUCCAGCUAAAAAAGCUGUUCCCUCAAAGACACCUGCUAAGAAAGAGUCUAGCUCUGAAGAAUCAAGCAAUGAAGAGGAAAACAAACCUGCUACAGUUAAGAAAGCUGCUUCUAAGAAAGCUCCAUCUAAAAAAGAACCUAGUUCAGACGAAUCAAGUGAUGAAGAAGUGAAGCCUGCUGCACAGAAAAUCACAACUAAAAAAGCUGCUGCUAAAAAAGGUUCUGUUUCAGAGACAACUGAAAAGGCUAAGCCAGCAAAAAAAGUUGCAAAGAAGGCUCCUGUUAAAGAGGAAUCUAGCUCAAAUGAGUCAAGUGAUGAAGAAAAGUCUGUCCCAGUUAAAAAAGCUGCUUCUAAAAAAGUUGCCGCUAAAGAAUCGAGCUCAGAAGAAUCGAGCUCAGAAGAUGAAGAAAAUGCAAAACCUGCUUCUAAAAAAGCUGCCAAACCUGAUGAAUCAGAUGAAUCUUCAGAAGAUGAGGAGGAAUCUGCUCCAAAGAAAGUUGCAAAGAAGCAAGACUCUAGUUCUGAUGAAGAAGAUGAUGAAGAAGAAAUGGAAACGGAGGCUGCCCCUGUUUCGAAGAAGCGAAAAGCUGAUGAUAACAAUAAUAAAUCCAAAACCCCAGCUAAAAAAGGGAAAGAGUCCGCUAGUGUUUUUAUUGGUGGAUUGUCAUUUAGCACAGAAGAAUCUUCAUUAAAAUCAUUCCUUUCUAGUAAUGGCUUAAAACCCACUAGUGUGCGAAUCAUUUCUCGUGAUGGCCAAUCAAAAGGAUUUGGAUAUGCAGAUUUUGAUUCUGCAGAGGAAGCAAAAAAGUGUAUUGCUUUAUCAGGAUCAGAAUUGGAUGGUAGGUCCAUUCGUUGCGAUAACGCUGAUAGCAAACCUUCUACGCCAGCAAGUGGUCGAGGUGGUCGCGGGGGUGGUGCAAGGGGAGGUCGUGGUUCCGAUCGUGGCCGAGGAGGAUUUGGAUCCGGUGGACGAGGAGGUGGAAAUUUUGAUAAUGACACACCUACAAAGCUCUUAAUGGUCAAAAAUUUGUCAUUCCAAACAGACAAUGAUAGCUUAGCUUCUGCUUUUUCUGAUGCUAAUGAUGCUCGAGUCGUGAAAGACCGCGAAACAGGUAAAUCAAGAGGUUUCGCAUUUGUAGAAUAUAACGAUGUCGAAAGUGCUACUAAAGCUAGAAACGCCAUGAAUCAAAAAGAUCUCGAUGGUCGCAAUAUUAACAUAGUUUUUGCUGCCCCUAAAGAAAGUUUUGGUGGAGGGCGUGGUGGUGGUGGUGGUCGUGGUGGUGGUAGAGGCGGGCGAGGUGGUGGUAGAGGGCGUGGUGCAGGCGGAAACAAAGGUUCGAUUCAAAAGUUUGAAGGUUCUAAACUAACUUUUGGUGAUGACUCGGAAUAAAUUACCGUUCUAAAUGGUUAACUUCGUUAUAGCAAGUGGCAUGCUCCGAUUCCGAGUCCGUUGGCAUAUUUUGGAAGUGUCUCGUUUUUACUGAAUCAUCAAGAUUUUCAAGGAAUUCAACGACUUAAAAGAAAUCUGAUUUGAAAUGAACAUUUAAGGAAUUUUAUAUAAAUAAAUGAGUAGAAUUUC